AUGACAGAAUUGGAUGACAACAGCAUUACAACAACCAAUUCUGAUGUUUCAAAUGCUGUUGUAUCUCCCAAAGGUACCUCUUCGAGUACAAUCAUUGGUGCACUUACUGCUGGUGGAAGAUCAAUGGUAUACCAGAUAACGUCAUUCUAUCUAAGAACUCCGGUGAAACUCUUUAAGCCUGCUAGAUUCGAAUACCAUCAUUAUUUGAAAACUAUAUUGAAUGGUGAAAAAACAGAUAAACCUCAAUACCCUAAGCAAAGGUACAAAUCUUUAGUUCAAAAUUCAUCAAUUGGAAUUUUGACUCAGGCUUUGAAUAAAUACGGUUGGAAAGUAAUCCCAGAUAGGGUAUUGCCUCCCUUAUUAAUAAAUUCUGCAACUGGUGUAAUAUUAUAUUCCACUUAUUUGAACACACUAUCAUAUUUAUCUUCUGUUGAACCUUCAAAGGAUGUCGAACAAAUAUCUCAUAAUACAAUCAACAUAUUUGCGUCUGGAUGGCUAGCUGGUGCUGCACAAGCUCUAGUGUCCACUCCUUUCGAUGCAAUUUAUACAAGGUCUACAACCGCUGAAAUUUUUGAAAGUGUUCAUAAAUAUAAGAACUUAUGGAAUUUUGGCCUAGAGAAAUUGAAAGAGAUUGGUUUGGUCGGUUGCUAUAGUGGAUUCACACUUGCUUUGAUAAAGGAAUCAUUAUCAUAUGCUAUAUAUUUUACAACCUUUGAAGUUAUGAAGGGCAAUAUAUGUCAGAGGUUUGUAGUAUUUUUGGAAAAUUAUAGAGGAUUUAAAUCCAAACUUAACAAUUUAAUUAGUUUCAAGGACGAUACUUGUAUUGACCAAAAUACAUUGGUAUCUGAUAGGGAGAAAAAAUGGAUCUCAAGAGCAUUUAUAUUUGCUGGAGGUGUAACAGCAGCAUUCUUCUUACAAGUUAUACAAUAUCCUUUGACUAAAAUUCAAAAAAUACACUUUUCAAGGCUAGAAGCAUUUGACAUUUACAACAAAUCAUUAUUAAAAAAUCCAAACUCUUUUGAAAACUAUUUCCAAAAAAGUACCAACUCCUUGAUUAGAGGUAAUAAGAAUACUAAGUUGCCACAUUUACCACCUUUUCGCAUCUAUCUGAAUUCUUACAUCGAUACAUUAUUGCAUAUUCACUUCAUUCAUAAGAACACAAACGAUCUUGUAAGGUGGUUAUAUAAAGGUUUCACAAGAAAAACAUUAGCUGUUAUUCCUGGCACUACCGCUGGUCUUUUAUUACUAGAUUAUAUGAAAACAUCUCUGGAAAAUGAACAAAGCAACAGUUAA